GCCCAGGGAGAAUUCGUAUAUUGCCGUCGAUGCGCAGAAGCCCAUUGCAUCGUACUUUAUCAAGAGCGGUUCCCGAUGCACCAUGCAGAAAUAGUCGAGGCGGCAUCCUGGUGUACGCUAGUCAACUUUCCCGUCAUUAUUCGCAUCUGUUCUCCUCUCCUCUUUUUUUCUUCGUGCACCGAGCACCGCUUCAAACGAAAGAGAAUUCCGCAAAUAAUAAUAAUAAUAUAAAUUUAAAUCCUAAAAAAAAAGAAAUAACAAUUAACGUAAAUUUAAAUCACCGAUAAACUUGUCUCGCUCCACAAACAAUAAAUUAACAUAAAAUCCGAACAAACCGAUACGGUUUCGUGCUAUCAUUUGCACAUUUGCGAGUAAAACGAGUGAUCGGUGUGAAAAUCAAUCUUUCAAUCGCGUGUCAACAAGUGCGAUUUUAAUCGCGCGCGUGUGUGUGCGUGUGUACAAGUUUCCGAAUACAUCGCUAUUGAUUGAAUCGCUGUCAGCGACGAUUAUUCGAUCUGGCGAAGUAACGCGAGACAGAAUCGCGAGCAGCAAUCGCGUCGGGCUCGGAGGAUGGGUCCACGGACGAGGUGCUAGAAUCUUCUGCGGACGAAAACGGACCUCGAGGAUUACUAGAACAGAGGGCCGAACGAUCCCCGAAGACGUCACGAGAAUUUGGCAGCGGUUCAAAAUGAUUUUUCGUCAAAUUAAUCAAAUCUUCGAGCGGCGGCGUUGCGCGGCCGAGGCUCCGCGCCGGAUAUAAGGCGAACGAGCUUGCGACGGAUUAUAAAAAAUAUCGUCGGAACGUGAUCGAUGACCGUGGAAGAACGGAACCGGCGACGGAUCCCGAGUCCGCGGCGACGAUCGAACAACAAACACCGAUCAUCCGGUUGAUCCGCGCCGGAUGCUCGACACCGGAACGACGAUUUCACCGAGCUGCGACGACGACGACGUGAAUAAAGAAAAAGAUCGGCUAUAAAUUUGAUCGGCGUGCGAAUCUGAAUCGUCUCAUCUUAAUCCGCGCGAUUCUCUCGCGGCGACGAUCGAACAAACACCGAUCAUCCGGUUGAUCCGCGCCAGGUGCUCGACGCCGGAGCAACGAUUUCGCCGCGUUGCGACGACGACGACGCGAAUAAAGAAAAAGAUCGGCUAUAAAUUCGAUCUGCGUGCGAAUCUGAAUCGUCGCAUCCGAAUCCGCGUGAACGCGGCGAUGCUCUCCGUCGGCCGGCCGUGUUUGCAAACCGCUCGGCCGCGGGCUCUCCAUUUUGUCGCUGCGGCUCGCGCGACAGAAGCCAUCCGGCGUGCCGAAUAAAACGAAUAUUCGCUGUUCCGACGAUUCUUCUCUCGAAACGACAUUCCCGGCCGCCUUGCCGGUGUUCCGAUUUUGUUGGAACCGCCGCCGGGGAUCGUUUUCCACGGCGCGAAUGAUCCCCGAACGGGCGUAGAGCCGUCCCGAGGGGCUAUGUUCCGCGCGGUGAAUGCGAACCCCCCUGAAAUCUGUUUCUAUUUGCGGGAUGUCAGUUGAUGAACGGAAACGUGAAAGAUUUUUCGAACGUCGCGCGUCAUCGGGAAACACUCUCACGGACCGGGAUCUUGUUCGCGUGGCCGAAUCGAACGAAAAUGGUCCGGGCGCAGAGGGACGCGGCGGCGGCGGGCAUCGAGCUGAUCGAGAACGUGUUCCGGGGCCUGCAGUUCUAUUACACGCCGAUCCUGGUCUACCUGGGCACCCUGGGGAACUGUUUGUCGGUGAUCGUGUUCUUCGGCACGAAACUGUGCCAGUACUCGUCCAGCGUUUAUCUGGCCGCGUUGGCCAUUAGCGAUACCGGUUUUCUCGUAUCAGUGUUCGUUGUUUGGCUGAACAUGCUCGAGGUGGGCCUGUUCAAUCGGCCCGGUUUCUGCCAGUUUUUCAUCUAUCUGACCACGCUCUGCAGCUUCAUGAGCGUCUGGCUGGUCGUCGUUUUCACCAUAGAACGGUUCAUCGCGGUGCAAUACCCGAUGUAUCGGCAGUCGAUGUGCACCGUCGCCAGGGCCAAGGUGACCGUCGCCGUUCUCACGAUGCUCGCGAUGAUCCUGUGCAGCCCUGUGUUAUGGUUCUCCGCGACCAGUGUCCAGUACAACGAAAAGGGCAACGUGACCGAGUGCGGCCACCUGGCCGAAGGACUGGAGUCCUGGGCGACCGUCUACAAUACCAUCGACACCGUGCUCACGUUCGCGAUACCGUUCACCGUGAUCAUCGUCCUGAACGUGCUGAUCGCCCGUGCUAUCUAUAGGCAUAUUAAAAUUAGAAAAUCGCUGACCAACGAGCCACGCACAGGGAUAGGGAGGCAACCACCCUAUUCGAGUCUACGGGGCAAUCUGGCGCAGACCAAGAUCACCAAGAUGCUGCUGGUUGUGUCCACCGUUUUCCUAUGCUUCAACCUGCCCGCGUACGUCCUCAGGAUUUAUGCGUUUCUACAUUUUCAGGAGGCGGUGUACGCAACCCGUUCAGUGGCUCUGGCGCAACAGAUUUGCAAUUUGCUGUUCAAUACCAAUUUCGGAAUCAAUUUUAUCCUGUACUGUGCCACCGGUCAGAAUUUCCGGCGAGCUCUACGCUGCAUGAUCCUGAAGAGAUUUGCUUACAGUUGCGCGAUACUUAAAAGAUCAUAUUUGUCUUCAGCAUCGAAGAUCGGGCGACCAAGCAACGCGUCGAUACGUCGAAGUACCACCACCACCGUGAAUACAGAACCAUGGGAAGAAUUCCACGAGCUGAACGUUAUCUCGCAGUGAAGCGUGGUGCAAGUUUGCGCGACAUGAACAAUCGAUGCGAGUGUCUUACCGGUCUCUGGUUCUGUAGUCGGAAGGGGACCCACGUUCCCGAAAAACCGUUGGUCCAACAGCUGGAGAAGCUGAAGAGCCGCAUCGUGGACAGGAGCACGAGGGCAACCCGUACUCAUCAGUGUAACGUUGAUGAUGCUUGUGUAAUGAUCGCAAGGAUAUUCUCUGGAAAGCGAAUAAAUAUAUUUAAAAUUGCUUGUAUCAUAUUUAUGUAUGAAAGUGAGCUAAAAUCUUUUGUAUUCUGUUGUAAUUUUUUUAAGUUAAACUAUUUAUAAUUUGAGGGAAUAUUCCCACAUGUAAGAAUAAAAGAAUUGAUUUUAAGGUA